AAGACUGGCGGCAAUAAAUUCAAACUGGUUGUAUGAAACUCAGGAAGGCGCUUUUAUUAACGUAAGAAAUGACCUUAGUUACCAGACUGCGGAGGCUCAUUUUUGCGGGCAAAUCUAAAAGAAAAGCCUUAAAACUGAUCAAAUGGAUGCAAAAAAAUCAUCUUUUAAGAAGGGAAAUGAAAUGCAGCAUCUGUCACAAGCGAAUGAAAUUGAAAAAAUGGAAGACAAAAGACCAUUAUGCUUGGAAAUGUCAGCGUGCUGUGCAUAGAGGAAAAAAAAGGGUGAAAUCGAUUCGACACAAGUCUCUAUUCCAGCGUUCAAAAAUAUCCCUUUUUGAAUGGAUGCAGUUCAUAUACAGAUUUUCCCAAGGUUUGCGUCUACGGCAGAUUGAUAUGAUAGCAGAUAACAUAGCAGCAAGUUCUACCACUCUCACAAAAAUGGCAAAAAAACUACGCCAGGUCUGCAUUACUGCUGUUAAAAGAAUGAGGCGACACAAGGGACAAAUCAUUGGUGGACGACAUGAAUUUGUUGUGAUUGAUGAGAGUCACUUCCGACAUAAAAGAAAGUAUGGGAAAGGAAGAAUGGCGGGAGCAUGGAAGAGAAAGAUGUGGGUUUUUGGUAUGCUAGGAGUCCAGGGGCAGAGGAGUGGAAAGCCAGUUUUGAGACUUGUGAAGAAAUGUACUCGCAGAGAACUUGUACCACUCAUUGCCCGCCACGUGAAACCCGGGUCCACUAUUAUGAGUGAUGAGUGGCGAGCAUAUCGCAUCCUUCCUGCUCUUGGGUACAAACACUUCACUGUUAAUCACAGUCAGUUUUACGUAAAUCCACAGAACGGUGCUCACACACAACAUAUAGAAAGGGCAUGGCGGACCUAUAAAGAGCAAGUAUGGAGGCUUCGGGGGAAUCAAACUGAAGAUAUGCUACGUGAUCACCUCUGUUUGAUUGAAUGGAAUGAAUGGCUUGCAAAAAAAUAUCACAGUGGUCCACUUGGACGGUUACUACACGACAUUAAGAAAAACUACGGCAAAGGCCCUUCAGUCGGCAACAGGCCCCUACCGGCCUCUCCCCGGAUGGCACCCCAGCAGAGCGGAAUCGCCAACAACAAGUCUCUGGAGACAUCUCAAGCCUCACCCGGAGUGCUCCAUUCAUCCAUUUGUAGACGUGGGCCCCCCCUUGUUUUAAUAGAUGCCUCCAAACGUUGA